GACCCCAACGACCCCCUCCGCUGGUCAGACCCCCACAAAUUGAGAACCUACGCCACAAUCUGUCUCUUCACCUUCAUGGCCAACGUCAACGCCUCCUGCUUCACCGUAGCCGUCCGACCCCUCGCAGCAUACUUCCACAACGACGCAAACCACGCGACAUGGCUCACGAAUUUCAACGUGUUGGCUUUUGGUCUGGGGAAUUUAUUCUGGAUUCCUUUGAUGCGAGUCGUAGGGAAACGACCGGUUUACCUUUCUGCGAUUUUGAUUUUGGUGUUCGCGAAUCUUUGGAGUAAUCAAGCGACAUCUUGGGGAAGUCUGUUAGGAUCCAGGAUCGUUUCUGGACUCGGUGCUGCGGCGGCUGAUGCGACUGUUCCGAGUGUGGUGUUUGAUUUGUUUAAACUCCACGAGCGAGCGUAUUAUCUGGCAUGGUUUCAUAUUUCUUUGGCUUCUGGGAUUUUUCUGGGGCCGAUGAUUAAUGCUUUUGUUGUGCAGGGUCGGCAGUGGUGGUGGAUUCCUGGGUGGAUGGCUAUUGCUUUUGGGGUCGUAUUCGUGCUGGCUUUCUUUUUUGUGCAUGAGACGACGUAUUUGGAGGAUAGAGUUCCCAAGUUUCCGCCACCGAAGGAAUUGACUUGGGUGCAACAUCUCAGUGUGUCGAGGGCGCUUACGAGGAAAGCUAAGGUGCAGGUGUUCAAGGAGACGUUGCUGGACUUACUGUACAUGUCCUGCUACCCUCAGGUACUUUUUGCGGGCAUCGUGGUCGGGGUCUUUGUAGGAUGGACCAUCAUUAUACAGAUCACAGUGGGACAAUGGUUUACUGCACCACCUUACAGCUGGCCGAUUGGAAAGGCUGGCACAUUCCACGUCGCCGGUUGGAUCGGCGCGAUGUUUGCGCUGUGGUUUGGCGGGAAACUCCUGGAUUUGAGCUGGUUGCACCGACGUCUUAAAACCGGGCCACCUCGUCGACUUGUUGGACUUGUCGUGCCUGGCCUUUUGGCACCGCCUGGAUUGCUCAUCUACGGCAUUCUCAUCGCUAAAAGGAGAUUCUGGGUUGGACCGGCGUUUGGAUAUCUGUUGCACUCUUUCGGAUUCAACACUGUUGGGAAUGUUGUCGUGACUUACAACGUCGACUGUUAUCGGGAACUUACCGCAGAGGCGAUGGUGACGCUCUUCAUCAUUCGCAAUAUCAUCGCU